GUUUAAAACGUCUGUCGACGUCCUCCGAUUCCAUUCUCCAGCCAUUGUCCAACUUCUAGACCUCUUUCUUCUAUGGCCUCGUUUAUACCAUCCAACUUUGAGGAUGGAGGAAUAUAUUUGAAGAAAACUGUCUUACCGAUUGAGCUACUGACACGUAGCCGUUGUGUUUAGAUAUGAAUCGCUCACGGAGCGCAGCACAAUUCGCACGGCACCACGUUGUUCAUCAACGGCAUAAAGCUGACUAUCUGGGUUAAUGUGUGGCGCCAUACGUUUGUGUAGAGUCCAGAAGUAAAGCGGCGUUUUUUUAAUAAUUGUGCUUAACGUGGUAAUCUAUGGUGCUCAAAAUGUUCCAGUGAUUCGUUGUUUAAAUUAGUGAUCGUUGUACGAAACACAGAUACUUUGAGAGGGGAAAAAAGCGUUGCAUUGUUGAAAUGCGUUGAAAAUAUGAUGGCUGCUGCCAGAGAAAAUGUGUUCGUGUGUGUUGGUAACCUGUCGUGUUCCUUUACGUACGGCAUUGUACUUCUGGAGUUUUGAGGACAUUCGAGUUUUGUAUCGUUAUUUGAAACUGUUCGAGGAUCUAAUAUAAAACGUACUAGUGAUAUCUGUGAAAUUAGCCAAUAUAAGAUGUCACAAGCAGCUGUACAGGAUGAGUUGAAGACCAUUCUGCGUGGCCUCCUUAUAUCUUCACCACAGGCCUUGACAGUUAAUGAACUUCAGAAGGACUACAAACUGCAGGAAGGUCAAGAUGUUCCUUUUAGUAAAUUUGGAUUCAAGAGUUUCCUGGAGUACAUAAAAUCUGUUCCGGAUACUGUUGCUAUCCAGCCUUCCUUCAGAGGUGGCAGUCCAAUAGUAGUACCAGUGCAGUCAGACAAGUCAUCACAUAUUGAUAUUCUGGUACAGAAGCAGAAACUUCAACCUCCAAAGCGGGCAUAUCAGUCCAAAUUUCCUCGACAGAGAUUAAGCUUUUAA